AUGAUCCGUGGCCUUUCGCGAGCGGCGGCCCACCAGGCCCGAAUGUGUGCCUAUUUCCGUCCAGCUGCGGUCGCCGGUCCUCGAGCGUACAUGUCAAGCUGUGCCGAUCCCGCCCAGCCGGCCCCCCAUUUGAUUACCCUGCCCAUCUUCUAUGUGAACGCCGAUCCACAUAUUGGCCAUCUUCACACCUCGGUGCUUGGCGACUUGGCGGCGCGCUGGCGCAGGCUUGAGGGCACACCAGUCCUCUUUGCCGGAGGCACGGAUGAGCAUGGUCAGAAGAUUCAAGAGGCCGCAGCCCGGCGCGGCCUCACCCCGGAGGCAGCCUGCGAUGAGACGUCCGCUCGGUUCCGCGCCCUCUUCCGCGAGUACGACAUCUCGGUCGACGACUUCAUCCGGACCACUGACGCCCGGCACCGGGAGGCAGUGUCCUUCGUGUGGCGACGCCUGCUCGAUGCCGGGCUCAUUUACAAGGGCACGCACUCCGGCUGGUACUCCGUGUCGGAUGAGACCUUUGUCCCGCCUUCGAAGAUCCUCCUGACCACCGGGCCUGCGGGGGAGGAGCUCCGCCAUAGCGCCGAAUCCGGCCAUCCGCUAGUGUGGGUGGAAGAGGAGGCGUACCUCUUCCGUCUUAGCCAAUUCCGCGACCAGCUUGACGAUUGGCUCCGUCCCUUCGCCGAGGAGAGUGCUGCGGCUGGUGACUUGCCCGUGGUUCCGCACGCCAUCCUGCGUGAUGUGCUCCUCCACUUGGACAACGGGCUGAAAGAUCUCAACGUGUCGCGCUCCUCCUCAAAGGUCGCUUGGGGCAUCCCAGUCCCCGAUGAUCCCGACCACACGAUCUAUGUGUGGCUCGACGCGCUGACCAACUACCUGACCGUUUGCGGCUACGGUGACGUCCGCCGGGCCUUCCCGCCGGAGAUCCAGCUCAUCGGCAAGGACAUCACGCGCUUCCACCUGGUAUAUUGGCCGGCCUUCCUGCUUGGGCUUGGGCUCCCCCUCCCCCGGAAGGUGGUUGCCCACCCCCAUUGGACUGUCUCUGGUCGGAAGAUGUCCAAGAGUCUGGGCAAUGUCGUCGAUCCGAUGGCCGUACUUGAGGGGUUCAGUUCGCCCGAUCCGCUGCGGUACUUCCUGCUGCGUGAGGGCGGCAUUUACCAUGACACUGAUUUUGAACUUGAGCGCGUGGCUGCCAAGUUUAAUGGCGAGAUCGUCAACCAGUUGGGCAAUCUCGUACAGCGGGCCAUCAGCCCGGCCAUCAGCCCCACGGGUCAGUGGCCGGAUGUGGAGAGCAUGCUUCGGCAGCCGGCCGACACCGCUGGUGGUUUGACCGACUCGGAGCGUGCACACUUCGCCAAGCUGGAGGCCCUGCCGCAUUUGGUCCGGCAAUCAGUCAUGCGUCUGUCCACGGUGGGCCCAGACAUGGCCGACAUCGUGUCGGCGCUGACCACUGCCAAUGCCCUCUUCCAGGACGCCCAGCCGUGGGCCCUGGGCACGGGGGAGGUCGACCAGGCCCGGCGCCAGGUGGCCGUGGCCGUGGCUGUCGAGACUGCCCGCGUGGUGGCCGGUGUCCUCCAGGCCUUCAUUCCCCGGUCGGCGGCCGCCGUGUUGGACCGCCUUAAUGUGACCGACCGGUCACUGGGGAGUCUUCUGGCGGGCUCGGCCUCUGGGCGCCCGGCCCCGGGCACGCCCUUCGCUUCGGCCCCGGAGCCCAUCAUGCAGCGCCUUGGUACUCCUGCUGCUGGCAAGUCCACGGGCAAGCCGGCGGCCGGCACCCGGCGCAAGGACAAGAAGAAGGCCACUGCUCAGGUUGCUUGA